AUGAGUGUCCAGCCUCCCGCCGCUGCCGCCGCCGCCGCCACCGCCGGGCCCGGCUCCGGCUCCGGUUCCGGGUCUCCUCACCCAAGCCAGCUUCCCGGCCCGACCCCAUCCUCCUCCGUCGACGGCAAUUUCCUCCUCCCCUCUCCACCCUUCAUCUCCGCGCCUGGGCUCAUCAACCUCCGCGACAUCGGUGGCUACGAGAUCCCAACCACCACCUCUGGCCACCGCAAAAAGAUGGUUCGGAAGGGUGUCAUCUUCCGCUCCGCCGACCCCACCCAGCUCACGGACGAAGGUGUAGCCGUGAUGCAAAAGCUGGGAAUCACGCACGUGUACGACUUCCGGUCCAAGCUGGAGUUUGGCAAGACACCCGAGACGGAACCCAAAGAGUGGGCGGGCGCGCAGAGGUGCCAUGUGCCCGUGUUUCCCGACGUGGAUAUGUCUCCGGAGGCGUUGGCGGUCAGGUUCCAAUUGAGGAAUUCUAGGUUUAGAGAUUAUACGGAUGGGCCGGCGGUGAUAACAACACAGGGUUUCGUCCGCGCCUACUCAACCAUCCUCGCCGGCGCCGCAGACCCUCACAACACCUACGCCCCUUACCGGACCAUCUUCCAGCAACUCGCCUCCUCCUCUUCUUCCUCUUCCUCUUCCUCUUCCCCAUCCCCAUCCACACCCCCCAGUCCCAGUCCCCUCCUAGUCCACUGCAGCGCCGGCAAAGACCGCACCGGCCUCUUUGUCGCCCUCCUCCUCUCCCUUCUGCACCUACCCCCCACCAUCAUCGCCCACGAAUACUCUUUGACCGACCUCGGCCUGGCGCACCGCAAGCCCGCCAUCGUCGACCACGUGAUGCUCGACCCAGCCUUUGACGGGGACCGGGCAGCGGCCGAACGAAUGGUCUCCAGCCGGAAGGAGUCCAUGUUGGCUACGUUGCAGUACAUUGAUGAGGAGUAUGGAGGGGCGGAGAAGUAUGUGAUUGAGAGGUUGGGAGUUACGAAGGAGGAAGUGGAGAGGAUUAGGGAGGUUAUGAUUGUUGAUGUGGAGGGGGGGGAGGAGCAGGGAUUGGUUGAUUGGAGGCGGAAUGCGGAGGCUGUUGAGGAGGUUUACCGUAGAUGA